AUGCCACUCCUAUCUGUCGACAUUUGCUUUUACCAUCCCGCUCCCUUGACGCGGGUCAAAGAUGGGGGAGUGGGACGUCCUCGUGCGGCGUCAAAACGAGGCAAUUCGACUUCAACUCCCACGCUAGACAUCACGGUGCAUGACUCACCCCCGAGCAGGUCUCUCUCGCCGGAGACGGGCUCCGAGACGAAACAUGGCCAGGACUCGGAGUUCCUGGGCUACCUGUCGGUCUUGAAAGAGACCCCGCGCGGGAUUUCGAGCAAAGCAAAUCGGUCGCUGUACGCCAAAUUCGGGUACAGGCGCACACAGCAUGCCUAUGCGUCCUCGCGGCUGAUCCGUCUGGCCUCUGCGAUCGUUUUUCACCGGGAGCAAAUCGAGUGGAGAUGGUCCUGGCGGGGCACGCCGCCCCUCGACCCCGCCGACGAGGACCUCUUCCUAGACGCUCCGCCCAUAACUGCCGUCCUUGCUCGUCUCGACGACCAGGGCUGGCACCGCGAGAGCAGCUUCAUGCCCGCGACCGUCGUGCGCAUCCGCCACGAGCUGAUGGAAUCCCUGGCCCGGAUCCUGAUCCACUUCGACUACCAAUUCAGCGUGCUGCACCUGCAGCGCAUCCGCUGUAAGACCAACAGCGCCGCCACCGCCGACCUGAUGGCCACCUCCCUACAGGUGCUGUCCAUGAUCAUGGACCUUACUCGAAUGUACCAGUCGCAUGAGAUCCAGCGACAAUUUGCCUGCAUUGUCCGUAUCCCUCCCGAAGCCCUUGCAAAUGGAGUUGACGAAGGUGGUGAGUCGCUUGUUGGAUGA